ACAUAUGCAGUACAGUGGAAGAAUUCCAUGUGGUGUGUGUGGAACAUUUAGACUAUAAAUAUAAAACCCAUUCACUCUGCCAGACACCCUAGUUGUAACCUUUUUCUUCUACCUCCUCUUCUUUCUUGAACUUUAUGUCUGCAAUUGGACUGGAGAGCAGUUGGUGAUUUGAGAAUCAUUAGCCCCCAAUCUGUCUCUCUGCCUUUAGAAAGUCCCACCAACCAUCUUGUGAUCUGCAACACCCAGAUCUCUUAUAUCUGACCUCUCAUUCUUUGUCAGUUCUUCCAUAUCUUGACAAGAAAGAUUAGGGAUGAUUGCUUAGUGUUUACAUCCAAGAAGUGCUAGUUUUGAGGUUUUCUGGAUCGGUUCAAUCACCAGCUUUUCUGCAAAUGGCUGUGAAGAAGAUCUCAUGGGGGUGUAUGGUCCCGGGCUGUUGCAAAACAAAGGAAGAAACCAAGGAGUGCAAGCCCAAGAAGGAGGUAACAAAGCAGAACUCAUUCCAGAGGCUCUAUCUAUUGGAUUUGAGCAACCCCAGUUCGACAACGCUCUCAGAGGACCUCUCGAUAUCGCUCGCCGGAUCAAAUCUCUAUGUGUUCACCCUCCAGGAGCUGAAGCUGAUCACGCAGAGCUUCUCGUCGGGCAACUUCCUCGGGGAAGGCGGGUUUGGGCCCGUGCACAAGGGAUUCAUCGACGACAAGCUGAGGCCGGGACUGAAGGCGCAGCCCGUGGCCGUCAAGCUCUUGGAUUUGGAAGGGUUGCAGGGUCAUAGGGAGUGGUUGACAGAAGUGAUCUUUCUUGGGCAAUUGAGGCAUCCUCAUCUGGUGAAGCUGAUUGGUUAUUGCUGUGAAGACGAACAUAGACUUCUGGUCUAUGAAUACAUGCCUAGAGGGAGCUUAGAAAACCAAUUAUUCAGAAGGUAUGCGGCAACGUUACCGUGGUCUGCAAGAAUGAAAAUAGCGCUUGGCGCGGCAAAGGGUCUGGCGUUCCUGCACGAAGGAGAGAACCCGGUCAUUUAUAGAGAUUUCAAGGCAUCGAACAUAUUGUUAGACUCUGAUUAUACGGCAAAGCUCUCAGAUUUUGGGUUGGCAAAAGAUGGUCCAGAAGGUGAUGACACACAUGUCUCAACCAGAGUGAUGGGGACACAAGGCUAUGCUGCCCCUGAAUACAUCAUGACUGGCCAUUUGACGGCGUUGAGCGACGUCUAUAGUUUCGGUGUGGUGCUCCUGGAGCUCUUGACCGGAAGGAAGUCCGUGGACAAGAACCGCCCGCACCGGGAGCAAAACCUUGCGGAGUGGGCCCGGCCCAUGCUAAACGACCCCAAGAGGCUUGCACGGGUGAUGGACCUGAGGCUCGAGGGGCAAUACUCCGAGAGCGGGGCGCGGAAGGCGGCCGCGCUGGCCUACCAGUGCCUGAGCCACAGGCCCAAGAUGAGGCCAACCAUGAGCACAGUGGUCAAGACCUUGGAGCCGCUCAAGGACUUUGAUGACAUCCCAAUUGGGCCAUUUGUCUACACUGUCCCAGUGGAGAUUGAUUCAUUGCAGAAAGAAGAAAGGAAAGAGAAGGAAGUGAAGAGAAGGAAUGGGCAUCGUCACCACAACCAUCAACUUCACCAUGUCCACAGGCGCCAUCACCAUCACCAAGAUGUUAGGUCUCCAAAUAAGUCUCCAAUUCACCCUGAUUCUGCUCAUAGACACAACCAAAGGAAUGGAUUGAAUUCUCCCUUGAGAAACUGUUGAAGUUCAACGUAAAUAAAAAAAUGAAAUCUAUCGCGGUUGGACAUAGAUUUGCCAAAUAGUGUCCAUUAUAGGGUCAAGUGCAAGGUGUAAACUCUUGCAAGUUAGGACAAGAAGGCUGCUUUUCUCUUUUCUUUUUUGUCUUUCGGAUAGUUGACGAGUACCUAGAGGACACUAUUGUAUUUUGAAAAUGUAAAAAGUGCUUUUCUUUUACACGUAACUCUUUUCUCUUUAA